AUGUGAUCACAACAGACUUGGCUCGAGCGAAACUCAUCAGAUUCAGUCAUCUUGUUUAAUUUCAUCGCGAUAUACCGUAUUCGAUUGCGGCACAGGCACAGCAGACAAGAUGGACAGUUCACCGUCUGGACCAGUGUAUCAUGAAAUUUCCCCGAUGAUGCUAUGGUUGCGGAGGAUAUAUUCAGGCAUCACUAUUAUCAUGGUAGCGCUGGCCAUGUUAUUCUGCUUAAUCAAAGGAAAAGGAGAUGGCACAUUUUAUCUCCUCUUUGUGAAUCUAGUCAUCAGCUGUGUAAUCAUAUCAUUUCUGCUUUGGUGGUACAGAACGGGAGACUUGAGUGCCAAUAAAUUCUGGUUCAUCAUCCUGGUGGCUAGCGUCAUUAUCUUCCAGUGCAUCACCACCGACAUCUUCGUCUUCAAUCAUGAGCAGUACUACGCUCCUACUACCACAGCUCCUCCAACCGCCUACACGUUAGUCACACCCAACAAGACAACCCCCACCCCUGCUCCACCAGCCUUCCAGAAUACCAUGGACAGUAUGUUUACACAGGCAAAUGUAGCAGCUCCUCCAGAGGGGUAAGACCGUGCCCCCCUCCACCACCACCACCACCACCACCAUUAAGCCUUGUUCACAUUUAAAGAUAAAGGUGAGUUCUGGUCAU